CAACAACAACAACAACAACAACAACAACAACAACAACAACAACAACAACAACAACAACAACAACAACAACAACAACAACAACAACAACAACAACAACAACAACAACAACAACAACAACAACAACAACAACAACAACAACAACAACAACAACAACAACAACAACAACAACAACAACAACAACAACAACAACAACAACAACAACAACAACAACAACAACAACAACAACAACAACAACAACAACAACAACAACAACAACAACAACAACAACAACAACAACAACAACAACAACAACAACAACAACAACAACAACAACAACAACAACAACAACAACAACAACAACAACAACAACAACAACAACAGGAGCAAUCACACUAA